ACUUCAGGGCCACCGUAACUGAGCCACUUCACCCUGCACUACUACUGCAGUGUGUGUGGCAUAAGCUGUGUGUAUAAGAUUAAGCAGCAGCAGCAGCAAACACAGCUUAGUUUAAGUGUUACAGCUCACGGCUUCUUCUUUUUACAGUCAAAGAAAUCUGUUCAUGUCUGUUGACUUUGUGAGGAUGAUUAUGAGGCUGUACAUUUCCAUUUGAACUUUUUCUCUCAUAGGAACACAUUCAAUCAAAAUGGGCAGAAUGAGGUUUUAUCCACUGCUGCUGCUGUCACUGUUUGGGUUGUUCCACAGAGGAAUUACUCAGUUGAAAGGAUGGACUGGAGAGGUGGAAGGUAGUGGUGAGACAAAAUGGAUUUCCCAGCCAGAUUUCAUAAAUGACACAUAUUGGUCUGGGUCAGUGCCUCUUUGUUAUGGAGGCUGUAAGGCAAAGCACCAGGAGCUAAGGAGAGACCGCUGUGGAGACUCCAGCUGCUGCUGGUUCGGCUACAAGUCCCUGUGCAGAGUGAACUGCGGGAGACCCCAUGUGGACUAUAAUGGUGUAGUGUAUGGUAAUGACUGGUGGGUGGGCUCCACAGUGAGGUACACCUGUCGCUCUGGCUUCAUGCUGGUGGGAAAUCCGACCAGCUUUUGCCAACCUAACGGACUGUGGACAUCAAAACCCACCUGCCUCCGAAUGUGUCAGCGGGGUCGUAUUGAAGUAAGUGAGAGGGAACUAAAUGGGACCUGCAACUCCACUUGUGCUUAUAAAAUCUACUUUGGCCCAAAACCCAAACAAGGCUGCACUCUGAUAGAUAAUUGCAAGAACAAGGAGACGGGCUGGAAGCGUUUUUUUGCACAGUGUGUUCCUUGCAUUUGUGACUGCGCUUUAUCAUGUGCAACUGCAGGCUAACACUUGGAUGAAUAGACACAGUGAGAAGAUCCGAGGAAGUCGAGUUGCCAAGUUUUAUUGCUUGCUCAUUACUCCUUAGUCAGCCUAUGAACUAGUCAACCCACCCUUGUAUUUGCUACUUCAUCUCGUUUUGUGGAUUAUUCAAUAUACAGACCUUUUUUUUUUUCUCACAUGAAGAUGAAAACAAGAUUUUACAACAUGACAGGAAGAUUUCAGUGCAAGAGGUUUUUUAAUUCCCUCUGAGGCAGUGAGAGAGGGAGAUGAAAUUUACUCAUUGUAAUUCCAAGGGGUUUUGUCAGACUCAUUAUUAUUUUUUAGAAUAAUUAUUUGAAAUACUUCAAAUAAUACAAUAAUAAUAAAUGUCAGGUGGUAAGGUUCUGAGAAGGCAACUUAUUACUCACAGUUGGGAUAUUGUAGUUUAGACAUCAAUCUCUCAUUGGCUGACUUACUAUUUUAUUUAAUUUGGGAAAUUAAGGUAAAGACAAGGAGAAAAGGUAGUGAAAUCACAGAGAUUAGUGUCUCUACUUUGUGGCUUCUCUCUGUCCAUCUGUGCUGAAAGGAGCUGAAACUUUAAUCUUGUUAGAAAAGAGUUGCAGUCUGAGCUCAGCAGUCCCACUGAAGGAACAGUUUCUAUAGAUAGUAAGUUUCCUGUGUGCAUGUUUUAGUAUUUUAUCUCUUGUGGAAAAUGGCUUCAAAUAUUUUUUUUGUUGUAGUCAAAAUGUUAUUUUUAUAUAAAUUUGAAGAAAAAAAAUUGAACUGUAAAAAGGUAUCAGAUGGAUUGUAAAAAAAAUAAAUAAAAUAAGAUAAAAAUAAUGCUUUUCUAUUUGAAGUCAAAAUAACUUUAUAAUGUAUUAUGUUUUAGCAUCCAACUCUUUGGAAAUUGGCAUAACAUUUCUCAUCAGAGCUGUCAUUCUUCUCAUCAUCUGGGUUUGAAAGUGAGGUAAACCUUCAUCUGUUCAAACCUUUCUGUGAACAGGACAUAAAACAAAAGGACAUACAGUAUUCAGGGAACUGUAGCUGUAAAAUAACACCAAACUGAACACAUUUCCCUCCAUGUACAGCAUUACAAUGUCCAUGUCAUAUAAGCUGCACAAAUAAGGAUAUUAAAAUAAAAACACUUGUGAAUAAAAAAACAGUGACAUAAAGUGCAAAGACAUAAUAGGUAAAGUAACAGAUAAACAAAGACAGUUUAUCUGUUACCUUUGUUCAACUCAUCUCUGUAAGGUAUAGUGUGUGACACAUCAGGAAAUACAAAGGCAACAAUUAACGUUCACAUAAAACCCUGUGAACAAUCAACUUCUUCU